UCGCCAGCAGCCGGGCAGCAUGGACCUCCGAGUCCUGGGGGUGCUCCUGGCGCUGGCCGGCGCCGCCCGGGCCCAGUACAGCCGCUACGAGCUGCAGUACCAGGACUACGACGAGGGCUGGGCCAACCUGAACCGCCAGGGCUUCAGUUUCCAGUGCCCCCACGGGCAGGUGGUGGUGGCCAUCCGGAGCAUCUUCAGCAAGAAGGAGGGCUCCGACCGCCAGUGGAGCUACGAGUGCGCGCCCACCCCGCAGAGCCUCGGCGAGCCCAGCGAGUGCUGGUGGGAGGAGAUCAACCGGGCGGGCAUGGAGUGGUACCAGACCUGCUCCAGCAACGGCCUGGUGGCCGGGUUCCAGAGUCGCUACUUUGAGUCAGUGCUGGACCGGGAAUGGCAGUUCUACUGCUGCCGCUACAGCAAGCGCUGCCCCUACUCCUGCUGGCUGACCACCGAGCACCCGGAGCACUACGGCGAGGACAUGGACAUGGUCUCCUACAGCUACGACUACUACAUCCGCGGUGCCACCACCACCUUCUCGGCGGUGGAACGAGAUCGCCAGUGGAAGUUCAUCAUGUGCCGCAUGACCAGCUACGACUGUGAAUUUGAAAACGUGUAACACCGCCACGCCGCCUCCAGGGUGGCCCCCGGGACUUCCCCAGCAGGCACCAGCUCCUCCUCCUCACCCCCUCGGGGCCAGCCCUGCACGGAGCCCUGUACACAGUCCCUGUCCCCUCCCCCCCGCCCCUCCCUGAGCCCCACCCCUACGAUUUAAGGCUCUGCACCCCGAGAAGAGGGGAGCUGGCAGGGUAGGCGGGAAGAAGAAUGUCCCGGACCAGAAGCAGAAGCUUCCAGAAAGCAGGGGUGACCGCAGGCCUCGGGGAGCAGACGUCGCGAUGUCUCGGCUGGGAACGGCAGGUGAGGGGCAUGGGGGGGCACGUGCCCACCCUGCUGUGCUCCUG